AUGACAACGUAUGGGGUUGGUUUCUUUUAUUUUACUUUUAUUUUGAGAAGGGAUAGUGAGAGAAGGGCUAUAAAUGAAAGAGCUUUUGCUAGAUAUGAGUCACAAAGAGAUAUAAUAGAUUCCCUUAUUAAGUCAGAUGAUAAUAAUUGUAUAUGGGAAUUAAGAAUGUGCACAAACACAUUUGCACAUCUUUGUGAGGUCCUAAGGGUACGAGGAGGCUUGGUGCAACUUGGUAGAGUUACAAUUGAGGAGCAAGUUAUUGCUUUUUUAAAUAUACUAGCUCACCACACAAAGAACAGGAGUAUUCAAGGAAGGUUCUCUAGAUCGGGUCAAACUAUUAGUAGAUAUUGUUAUAGGGUCUUAGCUGCUGUUUUAAGGUUACAAGAUGAAUUAUUUGUCAAGCCACAACCAAUUCCUGAAAACAGCGGCGAAAGCAAAUGGAAAUGGUUCAAGGGAUGUUUAGGUGCCUUAGAUGGUACUUAUAUAGCAGUAACACCAAAUGCAGCCGAUAGACCUAGGUAUCAAACAAGGAAAGGUGUACUUAGAUGUUUUGGGCUUUUGAAGAAACGAUGGGGUAUACUUAGGAGUCCUUCAUUUUACCCCAUAAGAACACAAAGUCGAAUGAUUUUAGCAUGUUGUUUAUUGCACAAUUUUAUUCGUAUCGACAUGGCGGUAGAUCCUGAGGAAUUCGCUCCACUUGCAAAUAAUGAGAUGCCAAUAGGCGAAGAACCACUAGUCGGAACUGUUGAACCAAGUAAUGAGUGGACUGAAAAGAGAGAUAACCUUGCACAAGAAAUGUGGCAUGAUUUUAGGUGUAGGCGUGAACACCAGUGUUUGAAUGAGAUAGUUCAAAAUGGAAAAUGA